GCUGAGGCGCCCGGCAGCCCCCGCGCGGCCCCGCCGCCAUGGCCUUCACGUUCGCCGCCUUCUGCUAUAUGUUGGCGCUGCUGCUCACGGCCGCCCUCAUCUUCUUCGCCAUCUGGCAUAUUAUAGCAUUUGAUGAACUGAAGACUGAUUACAAGAACCCCAUAGACCAGUGUAAUACGCUCAAUCCUACAGUUGAAAAGGUCAAAAAGAUUAAAAGAGUCAAAAUUGCAUUAAAGCUUGUACUUCCAGAGUACCUCAUCCAUGCAUUCUUCUGUGUCAUGUUUCUCUGUGCAGCAGAGUGGCUCACACUGGGUCUCAAUAUGCCCUUGUUGGCUUAUCAUAUUUGGAGGUACAUGAGCAGACCCGUGAUGAGCGGCCCGGGGCUCUACGAUCCCACCACCAUCAUGAAUGCAGAUAUUUUAGCCUACUGCCAGAAAGAAGGAUGGUGCAAAUUAGCAUUCUACCUUCUAUCUUUUUUUUACUACCUAUAUGGCAUGAUUUAUGUUCUGGUGAGCUCUUAAGAAGACAUUCAGCAAGCUUUGUUCCAGUUAAGUGCAUGCAAAAGCCACAAAAAACAUGGAUUCUUUACAACAAGAACCUCUGACCAAGAUUAAAUCCGGAACCUGAUGUUCACAAUUGAGUUAGAAAACAAUGACUCCCCUAUUUUUAAAAUAUUUCCACAUUUUAUACUUGUGGAAAGACUGUUUUCUUAUAUUUUACUGGGACGCUGAAAUUGAUGAAUUAUGUGUAAAUUAAUACAAAGAUGCCUGGGGUUUGAAAAGUUUUGACUUUGCACUCCAUAAGGAACAGCCAUAACCUUUGAGUAGGUGUUGGUUACUACUAGCCUUAGUGCUCUAGGGGUUUGCUGUAGGAUGGGCUUUGUAGGGGCUCACUUGGACUUGUGUAUCCCACUCUUGACUCUAAACCUGCCCUGGCUCCAAGUGCUUGGCAACAACUGGAAUGCUCUGUGUUUUGCCCAUAGGUGAUGUUGGUCUUAGGAUAUUAAUUCAUGGACACAAAAGCAAAAAUAGUUCUAUUCUGGUUUAUUUUUUUUAUUAUCUGGUUAAUCUUCCCCUGUAUGUGCAUCCAUAGGUCCAGAGCCUUCUGUAUCUUCUCCAAACAUUAACCCUGCUUUAAUCUCGAGCCUGUGCCAUUGUGGUAGGAGAAGCUGAAUUGUCCAUGAAGGAAUGAAUUUAAAUGUUUUUUUUUUUUUUUUUUUUUUUUUUUAAUGUCUGUGCUGAUUAACAAAUGGACAAACCUCCAAUGUUUAUCAAGUCCAAUGAUGAAAACACUCUUGGGUUUAGGAGUAGUAAAUACUACAGACUUUUUCAAAGCAGAAGGUGAGAUUGUGAAACUGCCCCGCUGUUCCUUAGUGCAAUAAAUGAUAAUAAAAAACAAAUCUCAAAUUCAGCAACA